AUGGCCGAUCCGAUUCCCUCCAAAGCAUCGCCAGAGCCCAUCUUGCGGCUGUCUAAAUGUUGGAUCCGAGCCUACUGCCAAGAUGAUGCCGGGGCGAUUUCCGAAAGGGCGGAUAACUGGAAAAUUGCACGAUGGAUGCGCAACACCUUUCCGCACCCGUACACUGUCGAGAGUUCCUUGAACUGGAUCUCGCGCUGCGUAAGCGCCUCGCCCAUGACCCAUUUCGCUAUCUGUGACCCCUCUUCGAACACAGUGAUGGGCGGAAUCGGCGUACAACUCAAAGAUGACGUGGCAUCCAUCACCGCAGAGAUCGGCUACUGGUUGGGUGAGCCCCACUGGGGGCAGGGGAUCGCGACCGAAGCCCUCGUUGAGUUUACGAAAUGGACCUUUGCCAACUUUGACGAGCUGAUACGUCUCGAGGCUCUUGUCUACGAAGGUCACGGUGCGAGCUGUCGUGUGUUGGAGAAGGCAGGCUACGCGUUUGAAGGCAGGAUGCGAAAGGCUAUCCGAAAGAAUGGAGAGGUUUUAGAUGUCCUGAUAUACUGUACUUUUAGGCCGGGAUCCGGUUAUUGA